CCAAAUGGCCUCAUCAGUGGAAGGAACCACUGUCAGAUUUGUUGGAAACAACAUUAAGCGAAACGGUAUCACGAUUUUGGGGCAAACAACGAUUUUUUGCGGUAAUUUCACAAUCAACUUUAUUCCAUGUAACUCUUUCUGUUGUUUUUUUUCUUUCCGAGUAUUCCUAAGAACAUGAUUAUUUUUCAACAAAAUCGCACAUGCAUAUUAUCUCUCAUAGUAUGUGGCUGUUUGAAGUUAUAAUAUUAAGUAAUAUUAUAUUAUAUUAUAUUGUUACUUCACUCUGAACGUCGGAAAAUGUUUUGUAAAUCAGUUUAACCUAUGUCAGUAUCUUUCCUCUGUGUUUUUUGUGUUGAUGUUGGUAGUGGUUGAUUACUAACACAGUAACAUAUGAUCUUACCGAAAGAAACGAAAUGAAACCAACCAAAAAGUACCGAAAAGAAGUUACGCAAAAGUUAGCUGCUAAAAUGUAUGUAACCACUGGAAAGCAAGGACAAAAGCGCAUGGUAGCACGUGACUUUAUUGUCCGGCAUUUGUUACUAAAAAUAGAACAAUCGGCAUCGCUUUCUAUUUUAAAUUGCAAGAUAGCUUCAUUUGAGAAAAUAUUAAUUAUUAGAAUAACGUUAUUACAAAGUGUCCUUUGAGGGUUUACAUAAAUUUAUUGUUGUUACAUUCCAUUUUAGUUUGUGGAAAUCCGCAUUCACUCCGACGCUGCUUCGCGACAACUUCCUUAGUGACAGAAAUGAUGGCCGACAACACUGCGAAAGCCGAUGACCCGGCUUCAGCAGAGAAGUCAUCAGAUAUCGCAGUAGAAGAAGGAAUCAAGGAAACUGAGGAUCAGCCAACCAUGGAAGCGGUGAGCAUCUCGGAUCCCUCCAAAACAUCAUCGGAGACGGAGGCCAUGUUGAGAAACCUUGAAAUGGAUCCAUACAAUGAGGAUGAGGCUGAACUACGAUUCCUUCACUCAAAACCGACAUGCUUUGUUGUGAUCGGGAAGCCGGGGGUAGGGAAGACGACAAUGGCUAGACGGCUGGCUCAGGAGUGGAAGUGUGAACUGAUCAACUCCACGGACCUGCUCCAGCAGAACAUUGAGCUGCAGACAGAAAUGGGACUGAAGUGCCUGGAGAUACUGAAUCGAGGAGAAGCCAUACCGGAGGAUACCGUCAUUAAGAUGAUCGACGAUAAGGUCAACUCACCGGAGGUUGCUCAUCAUGGCUAUGUGCUGGAUGACUUCCCCUGCCUGUCGGAGGAACACAUGACGAUCCGGGACCAGCUGGAUCUCAUCCGGAACUGGAAACUGAAGCCAGACUUUAUCAUUAACUUGAAGAUUCCAGAUCGUGAUAUUGAGAAAAGACGUCUUGGCUGCAAGAUCGACCCUGUCUCUGGAGAAAUAUACACUAAGGAGGUGUAUGCUCCAGAGAAGCUCAUCAAAGUUAAUGAGGACAAGGAAGGGGAGGAAGAAGAGGAGGAGGAGGAAGAGGCAGAGGAAGAAGAGACAGCCAAUGAGGGGGAUGAGCCGCUGAUUGAGCUGCCCCCUGAGAUCCUGGAGAAACUCAUCAGGAGACCCGAGGAUCUCCCAGACCAGGUGGAGGAGAACCUGCGCAAGUACAAAGCCAACAUGCUGCGUAUCCUGGAGGACUACAUGGCUGACCAUGAUCAGCAGUACCUCGUGGAGUUGGACGGCAACCUUAGCAGCCUUAUGCUCUUCAAGCAACUGAUGCAGAGACUGAGUUGCUUCGUCCUCCGUCCCGCUGCUGUCCCCAUAAGGCUGUAUGACCCCGAGGAGGACGACAUCUCUGAGGACAUACAGACAGAUGAGCUCAUGCGGCAGAUUGCAGCCAAACAGAUGGUAGCUCCUCGGUUCCGCUGGCGCCGGAGUCGCUGGGCUCGCAGUUGUCCUGUGGCUCUGUUUGAGGGAAAUGUUGUCAAUGGAAAACCAGAAUUUGCUGUCAGUUUCCUGGAUAAGAUGUACUUCCUGUCCAGUGGAGAAGCAAUGGAGAAGUUCCUGAAGAAUCCCCGGCCCUACCUCCUUCCCCCUCAGCCCCGCCCUGCCGCCAAGUUCUGUGUGCUGGGUCAACCCCUAGCAGGGAAAACCACACUGUGUCAUCUACUUGCACAGAAAUAUGGUGCAAAGGUGCUGAACAUGACGGAGCUGAUCAAGCCAAGGAUGGCGGAGGAGAAGGAGAAGGCCUUGCAGCAGGUGCGUGACGAGGCUACGGAGGCUGCCAUCACCACGGUCAAGGCCAAAAUCAAGGAGCAGAUGGAUGCUGAGGCAGAGGCAGCAGCAGCAGCGAAAGAAGCAGCAGAGCUGGCAGAACUCGAGGCCGAGGAGGCGAAGGAGCAGGCUGAUGAUGAUGAUGAAGAUAAGGAGGACAAGUCUACUAAAGAUGGAGAAUCAGGGCGGGCUUCAGCUGUCAUGGAGAAAGGAGAGAACGGACAGAAGGAUGGAGAUGAGGGAAAAAAGGAGGAAAAUUCUGAUAGUGAAAAACCUGAUGGGGAGGCUAAAGGUGGGGAUGAAACGACUGAAGGAGAAAUUGAUGGAGAGAAGACAGAAGAGAAAACAGAUGGAGAGAAAGUAGAAGCAGCUGAAGAGCCUUCUGAAGUCAAGGGAGAUAAGCCAGAAGUUGAGGGCAGUCAGAAGGACAGUGAGACGAAGGCUGAGCCAAAGGAAGAAAAGCCAGUGGAGGUUGAUAGCACACACCCUGAGGUCAUCACCAUCGUGGAAGCUGCUGUGAAGGAAGCGGAGAAGAACUCUGUGCAGAUGCCGCCGGAGGCAUACAUCGAGGUCAUGGAGGCGGCCAUUAAGGAUUGCGAGAGAGAGCUGAGGAAGAACAACCCAGAAGGACCUAUGAAUGGAGGUUGGAUCCUCGACAACUUCCCCAACAACCGUGAACAGUGGAACGUCUGCGUGGAGAAGAACAUCCUUCCUGAUGACGUCAUCAUCCUCAACGACAACAGCGACAACGGUGUCUUCCUCAACCAGCGGUACUAUGAGAUGAACAAGGAGGAGGUCGAUGCCAAGGUCAUGGUCCGCAGAGAGGCUGAGGAACAGGAGAGACAGAGGAAACUUGAGGAGAAAAGGAAAGAGGAGGAAGAGAAGAGAGCCAGAGAGGAAGCAAUUAGACGGGCAGCGGAGGAAGAACGAAGGAGAAGGAUAGAGGAAGGAGAAGAUGUCCCAGAAGAGGGUGAGAACGAGAAUCAGUCCAUGGAUCGGCAGUCUCAGGACGGCGACGACCGGGACUCACAGCCAGGGGAUAAUACCAAAGAUGAUGAUGAUAAAUCUGAAGAUGCAAGUCGAGAUCAGACCAUGGACACAACAGCUGGUAAAAAAGGAAAAAUUGCUAAUCCUCCUGAUAAGCAUUUGCCUCCUAAUCCUAAUCCUCAGGAGAAAGAGAAGGAAGAAGCUCCACCUGUUGAAACAGAUGAGACAAAAGUCCCAGAUGGCCCUGAGAUGGAUGAGUUUAAGAAGCUGAGAGCGGAGCAUGACAAGGACUUUGUGUCUGUACACGGCACCAUCACCGGCAGCACCAGCAUUGAACCCAUCAUCGUCGAUAUUGAUGACAAGAACAUUGAGGAGAUGUUUUCAAAUGUUGUAGAGAAUGUUGAAAGGCAGCUGGCUUACUGUGGCUGGGAGUAUUCAGGGAUGGACAUUGAUGAAGAGGAGGAAGACAAUGAAGCUGAUGCUAAUGAGGAGGAAGAGGAGGCUGAAGAAGAGGAGGAAGACCCUAAUCGUAACAAGAAGAAACCCCUGGGGGACACAAACCACUUCUGCCCAGUAGCUCUCAAGGACACGGGUGUGCUGUUCCCUGGCAACCCAGAGAUAGCAGCCAAGUACAGAGAGCGGGUGUACUAUCUCUCCACCAACGAGGCGAGAGACUCCUUCCUCAACAACCCAGAACAGUACCUGCCCAAGAAUAAACCACUCGAGGCCCCGCCAGUCCGGCUGUUGAUCCUGGGUCCACGCGGUGCUGGGAAGACCCUCCACGGUCGUCACCUAGCCAAAAAGCUGGGCCUGUUCCACAUUGCCUUCAGGGAGAGGCUCCAAGAGCUCAUCAUUGCCAAGACCAAGAAGAAGAUUGGGCCUGAGUUUGAGGAAGACAAUGAGGAGGAAGAAGAGGAAGAAGAGGAGGAAGAAGAGGAAGAUGGUGCUAUCCUGGCUCCUGAUGGCACUGUAGUAAAGGAUGAGGAUGAGAAGCCAAAUGGCUCUGACACCAAGCAGGCUGAGGUAGAGGGACAGGACAGCAAGGCCGCCCAGGGAGAGGAAGAUGAGGAAGCAGAGGGGGAGCCCGAGCCCGAGCUGACAGAGGAAGAGGAGGCCAUCAAGUCUAACCUGGAGGCUGAUGAGCCUCUCCCUGCAGAAGUCCUGGACAACAUUAUCCCCCACUGGUGGCAGAGGGAACCUUUCAAAUCGACUGGGUUCAUCCUGGAGGGUUUCCCCCGCACGUCGGAUGAGGUGAAGUACCUGGCGGAGCUGGGUCUGUUCCCUGACGCUGCCAUCACUGUCGGCGUUUCGGACGGUGAUGUCAUCGGCCGCCUGCUGCCACCCAAACUAGACAAGUGGCGGAUCAAACGAGACAAGAGAAUGGUCAAGAAGCAGAAGAAGAUGGAAAAGGCGAAGAAGAAGAAGGAAGGUAGUGAAGGCAAGAGGAAAGAGGAACUCCUGAAGGAUCAGCUUGCAAAGGAGAGGACUCCUGAAGGAGAAGAGAGACAGGCACAGAGAGCAGCUGAGAGAGAGGAGGAAGACGAGGAGGAGGAGGACAUAGAAGAAGAGGAGGAAGAGGAAGAAGAAGACAUUGAAGCAAUGCUGGCUGAGGAAUUUGAGGAGGAGGAAGAAGAAGAAGAGGAGGAGGAAGAGCUGGAGGAGGAUGCUGUGGACAGGAUCAGGAACAACCUGAAUGAGAUGUAUGACAACGACACCAACAGGCUGGAGCAGGUUCAGGACACUCUGGAGGAGGUGCUGGUUCCUCGUCUGGAUGUUGAUGGCGGCCGCAAGCCCCACAUCGUCCGCUAUAUCCUCACUAAGAAGAUCAAGCCCUUUGUUCAGUUCCGCCACAGUCUGUUUGAGAGAAUCUAUCCUAUCAGUGAAAAGCUUUCCAAGAAGAUGCUGCAGAUUGGCUACAAACAACCCAGUCGCUUCGGCAGGUGGUGCCCGGUGCAGCUCCACAGUGGGGAAUGCAUCCAGGCAAUGAGCGGCCCUGGCUACCAGACAUACCCCUGUAUCUACCGCCAACACAUCUACUUCCUGUCCAGCUUACACGCUCGGGAAGAAUUCAUGCAUGACCCCAUGACCUUCCUCAAACAACAGUCACCCAAACCAGUUGUGCCGGUCAGAGUUGCAAUCAUCGGACCGCCCAAGUCAGGAAAAAGUACACUGGCCACAAGGUUUGCGGAGGAGUACGGCCUCAUGCGGUUGUCUAUCGGGGAGGCCAUGAGACAGGUGCUGCAGAACCAGCCUCACUCAGAACUUUCCCGGGAGAUGAACUCUCACCUCUUCCGUGGCCUCACCAUCCCCGAUGAGCUGGCAGUACAGGCUCUGGAGAUCUGCAUGCUGGACAUGAAAUGUCAGACAAGAGGGUUUGUGCUCGACGGCUUCCCAGUGACCCGGCGCCAGAUUGACCUGAUGACUGAGAGGAGCCUGAUCCCUGUGCGGGUUGUUGAAAUGAAGCUGGACAGCAAGGAUGUGAUGAUCCGUGGAACCAAGGACCGACUCUCAUCCUCACGGACCCUGCCCCUACACGACAGCUCCCAGAUCCUGUCAAUGCGACUACACAACUACCGCGACACCAUCCAGGAAGUGAAGGACUGGUACAUCAAGGAGCACAUGAACUACAUGGAGGUGAACGGUGACAGCUCAAAGUGGGCAGUGUGGCAGAAUAUGCUGGACAUUGCCGAGGAGAGUGUUCAGCAGAUUCAGAGCUACCUUCAGCAGGUCACUGAUGGUAAGGCAGCAUCUAUAGCGGACAUGUGCAUCACACCCAAGGAGUUCCUGCAGCGAGUGGGAGACUUCGAGCAGUACUGUCCGGUCAGUCUGGCCCUCCGAGGGGAGCUUGUUGACUGCUCCACUGAUCCUACACUCAAAAAUGCUGCUGAGUUCAGAGGUCACUACUACAAGAUGGCAUCAAAGGUGGAGCUCGACCAGUUCCUGGAACAGCCAGAGAACUAUGUGCCGCCUCUGGCACCCAGCAAGCUGCCCCCACCAGAGAUGCUGCCCAAACGAAGGAAACCAGAGCAGGUCCAGGCCAUCCGAGAAGUAGAGCUACAGGGCUACUGCCCCGUCACCUUCCUGGAUGGCAAGAAGAGAUACGAGUCUAUAGUGCCAGACCCUGACUUGAUAGUGGAAUACAGGAAGAAGUAUUACUACUUUGAGUCAGAGGAGAAACUCCUGAAGUUCAUGAAACUGCCUGAGGUGUACUGGAACCUCACUCCCCACAAGCUACUCCCCAAGAAAGAGCCCCUCCCUGUGACUGGGCUCCCCAUGCUGGGGUUCAUGGAGCAGACAGCAUCCACUGCUGUCAUCAAAGCACUCACUGCAGCUGGAAACUUCAAGCCCAAGUACCCCUUCAUCAGCACAUCCCGCUCAUCCUUGCUGUACGUGGCAUAUCAUCUGAAAGCUUACAACCCUAAGAGUUCCGACUAUGUCCGAAAGAAAUACAAGAAAAAACUGCAACAGUUUGAAGAGACGUGCCACCUGAUCCAGUACCUGGGGGACAACAUGACCGUCCGUUAUCGCAAUCCCACAGAGAGACCAAAAGACUUUGAUAUAAAACUUGAGACCUUCUUCUCUCUCCGUGGCAUCGAGCCAACACCCACCUGGAUUGCAUAGCUUCUGUACCUCUUCCUGCCAAGUCUUCAGUUUUCAUCAAGUGCCUGAGAGGGCUGGGUUUUUUAAAUCAGCAAGUUUUUGAAGUCAAAUUUAAGGAAAGUGGAUGUGAGUGUAGCAUUAUUUGGUUAAAAUUCAUAAUUCAUGUCUUCAAUUUAGAAUAUACAAUUAAUUAAUGUCUGAUUUAGUAUUUCAACUUGGUUGAUAAUUUAAUACUGAUAUUAUCAAUAUUUGGGAAAUAUUUGUAUAUUUGUAAAUAUAUUUUAGGAUAAAUGUAGAUAGAUAUAUAUUCAUUCAUGACAUCCAAAUGACUUUAUUUGAUAAACUGUCCAGUUUUUCUUUUCAAUCAUGUCCAAAGAUUUUUUUACCUAGUUAUAGUAUUACAAGAAUAUACUUGCAAUUUCUUGUACUUCCGUCCAAGUUGCCUUGAGUAUUAUUACCUUCCCAGAUAUAUUUUUACUGUUGUUUUUUUCCAGAAAUAUUGCAGUAUUCGUAGAUAUUACUUUCCUCUAUUUUCUCGCAUUUUCUUCAAUGUGUAAACAUUCCUUUUUAAGGAGCAUUGUUUCAGUAAUGUUGAUGCAUAUUCAACAAAACUAUGGUAAAGAAAGUAGUGGUCAAGGAUUUUAGAAAAUGCUUUAAAUUUAAGAUUGUUAGGUUUUGAAUUCUUGUCAAGCCAACUGAAGAUAGCUUUAAAUGUCUCUUAUAUGCCUUGUUAAAUUCAAAGAUGAUUCAACAGACACUUGUCACUCAUACUGAAGAUAGCUUUCAAUAUCUGUUAUAUGCCUUGUUAAAUUCAAAGAUGAUUCAACAGACACUUGUCCUUCAUACUGAAGAUAGCUUUAAAUAUCUGUUAUAUGCCUUGUUAAAUUGUUAAGAUAUUUCAACAGACACUGUUCACUCUGACAUGCGUUCACCCCAGUGUUUAUCUGUGAUAUAUGGUGCCUGUCUGCAUCUCAUUAAUU